AUGAAAGUGGUUGUGCAGAGUUUCGGAGGUUGGCUGAUCCUUUUUUUCAGUUGUGUUUCCUUUUGUGUAACCUUCCAAUUGCAUGAUCGGGAGAUGCUACUUGAGAUGGAGAAAAUCCGGCGUACAGGUGGAAACCUUACCCUACGACCAGAGGAAGAGGAAUUCAACAGCAAGCUCAUGAAACUGAAAGAAGCAGAAAUUGCGACAGCUAUGGAAACUGGGUUAUUUCCACCGGCUAUGCAUUUCUUCAAGGCCAAAGAAUUAAUUGAAAAAAGUGCUGUGUUCGACAUCUUGAAAAAAAUGCCCAAAGGUGGUCUUUUACAUAUUCACGACUAUGCUAUGGUGAGUCCUGAGUGGCUGAUAUAUAAUAUAAGUUACCUGCCUCACUGUUACGUCUCCUUCUGCAAAGAAACUGUUCGAUUCAAGUUUUCAAAGCCUUCUCAUCCCAAAAAAUUGUAUUCUUGCUCCAAGUGGAUUUUGCUGGAGACCUACCGCAAGAAUUUGAAGGAUGUAUCUGCAUUUGAUAAGAGGUGGGUGAAAACAUUUCUGAUUGUAACAGAUACUCCAGAGGAGACCUACCCAACUCAAGCUUCCAUCUGGAAGAAAUUUGAAAGCAUCUUUAAAAUCUCUUCUGGCCUUAUUAAUUAUGCACCUGUGUUUAAGUCCUAUUUGUAUCAAGGGCUGCUAGAACUCUAUAAAGAUAAUGUGCAGUAUGUUGAGAUCAGAGUUAUCCUGCCAGCGAUAUAUGAGGCGAAUGGAAAAGUUCAUGGUAAAGUUUGGUCUGUGAAAGUUUUUAAAAAAGUGGCUGCCAAAUUAAAAAAAAAAUAUCCUGAUUUUCUGGGUCUAAAACUUAUAUAUACGACCACCCGCUAUCUAUCCAAUGAGUAUCUAGAGAUAUGUUUCUUCCUGCUGCCCACUAGGACUGUUGGUUGGGAAGAUGGUGGAAAGUCUCUCUUUGAGCUGCAAAAAGUUUUAUGGUUGCCAAAAAUUAAAAAAAUUACAUUGCCAUAUUUCUUUCAUGCUGGUGAGACAGGAGCCCAGGUCCUGAAGCUAGUAUCAGAUCUGAGAAACCAUCCUGCUGCUUUUCUGUUGUCAGAGGGCUAUCCAAUAGUGGUUUCCUCGGAUGAUCCGGCCAUCUUUGGAUCAAAGGGAUUAUCCCACGACUUCUACGAGAUGUUUAUGGGCGUAGGAGGCAUGAGUGCCAACCUGAGAACUAUUAAGCAACUGGUGCUAAACUCUUUCAAAUACAGUAGUAUGAAACCUAAUGAGAAGAAAAAGGCCCUGGGAGUUUGGGAAAAAAAGUGGAACGACUUCAUAGAAAGUUUUCUUCACUCAAUGUGACUAUUGUGUCAGAGUAGAGGUUCUAUACAAAAUAUUGCUUCUCCCAGGUAAUUUGAUCAGAUCAUUGCUCAUUUAACAAUCCAGCAAAAAUAAUUGAAAUCAGAAUAUACUGCAUAAAGGUGGCAUUUAUUGUACUGAGAUUGAAUAGAAGUAUUCCUUUCCCCACUAAAAGAUAGAAAGUUCUCUAACUUUUAGUUGUAUUGGAAAUUGUUGUUGUAUAAUGGUUGUUGGGUAAACAGGAGGCAGGUGUAUUAAGUACAGGUAGUCCUCACAUAACCAUUCCUUUAUUGGCCAUUCAAAGUUACAAUAGCACUGAAAAUUGUGCUUACAACCAGUCCUCACACAACCAACAGAACAUCUCCACAGUCACAUUU